AGAGAGCUAUUUAGAGACAUCACCCGCUCAAGAUGAGCCUCGCAGUUAAGCAAACCAGAGAGAGAAGAAGAAGAAGAAGACCAAGAAGAUCGAUGAUGAUGAACCAGAAAAGCUGAAAGUCUCUCCUCCUCCUCCUUCAUCACCAAAAGUAAUUUCAAAAGAAAGCUGAAUCCAAUCCGACCCCAACCAUAAGCACCCAAUUUAGCUCCCUUUUAUAUCCCACCCUAGCUAGCUGCCGUAGACCUAGCUAGCCUUUCGUUAUCAUCACCACGUUCUUCUUCUUCUUCUUCUUCUUCAUCAUCGUCUUCUCUCUCUAAAUUAAACGCUCUCUCGCUCCUCCAACCUAUUUCUAUCGCCAACAAAAACCAGUCACUGAAAUACUCACUAUUAUUGUAUAUCAUGCUAGCGAAUAAUUCUCUUGCUUCGGUUCCUACUUCUGAGCCGCCCUUUGCUUGCGGCGAUAAUGGCACUGUCACGACGAAUAAGAGAAAGAGAAGACCCGCGGGAACUCCAGAUCCGGACGCGGAGGUGGUGUCGCUGUCGCCGAAGACGUUACUGGAAUCGGACCGGUACGUGUGCGAGAUCUGUAAUCAGGGUUUUCAGAGGGACCAGAACCUGCAGAUGCACCGGCGGAGGCACAAGGUGCCGUGGAAGCUGCUCAAGAGGGAGACGCCGGCGGCGAGGAAGCGCGUCUUUGUCUGCCCGGAGCCGACGUGCUUGCACCACGACCCGUGCCACGCGCUCGGUGAUCUCGUCGGAAUAAAGAAACACUUCAGAAGAAAACACAGUAACCACAAACAAUGGGUCUGUGAACGAUGCUCUAAAGGCUACGCAGUUCAGUCUGAUUACAAAGCUCAUCUCAAAACCUGUGGAACCAGAGGCCAUUCUUGUGAUUGUGGUCGUGUUUUCUCCAGGGUAGAGAGCUUUAUCGAACACCAAGAUGCUUGUAACAUGGGGCGGCUCCGGACGGAAACACAGCCGCAGCCACCGCCGGCGUGCUUGUCACGGACGGCUUCGAGUCCGAGUCCGUCGAGUGAAACCAAUUUCAGCACCGGUCCGAACUGGAAUAAUGGUCUGGUGUUGCCAAAGCCUCCUGAACCGGCGGCAUUAUUGUUGAACCCUACCAUUAAUAAUACUGUUGUUCAUGAAACCUCAUCGAACAACAAGUAUAAACUGUGUCCAAACUUGGAUCUUCGGCUCUCCACUUCCAGUUCUAUCAUUCCCACUGAUACCGAAUCACCUAAGAGAGACGAACCGCGGUCAAAUCGCUUUCGGAUUUCGAUCGGUUCGUCGUCGGAAAUCGGCCAGAAAAAUGAAUCCAACUGCUUCAAUAAUAAUCGCAGGAAUUCACCCAAGGAGAGCUGUAACAGCAGCGAUAAACCACAAGGUUUGAGGAAUAUGGUUCGUAAUAAAGAAGAAGGACGUGAGCAGUUGAGGUUAGCCAUGGCGGAAAAGGCAUAUGCAGAAGAAGCAAGAAAGCAAGCAAAACGACAGAUAGAAGUUGCAGAGAAGGAGUUUGCUAAUGCAAAGAGAAUCAGACAAGAAGCUCAAGCUGAACUUGACAAAGCCUGCGCCAUUAAACAACAUGCCAUCAAACAGAUUAACUCUCUCAUGCUUCAGAUCACUUGUCAAGCUUGUAAACGACAAUUUGGAGCCCAAACGACACCGACAAUGACGUUAUUGACGGCUCCUCCACCGCCGGUGCCGGACGAGAACUCCUUGGCAGUAAGCUACAUGUCGUCUGCUCUAACAACUGAGGGUGGCGAGGAAGAAAACUAUAACAAUAACGAGAAAAAUGAUGGGAAAAAUAGUAACUCUUUAUCAUCUGUCUAGCUGCCUAUCUAGCUAGUUUGUCUCUAUAUAUUUUCAAGGUGUCUUCGAUUUUCUUUUGUCUAAAAUAUAUUUGUGAAAUUAUUAAUGGGUAUACUGAGUGGAACGUGAUUAUGUGAGUGGAGUGAUUUUACAUAUAGUCGGGGGAAAAGAGUGUUAUUUGUAACUUUUUCCAGUCUUCUGCCAUGUUAUUUUUGUUUAAUUAAA